GAGGAGAUGAAGAUGGAAACUGAGGAGCAGACGCCUGCUGACGGUCAGACAGCUGUGGGUGAUGAGGAGCUGAAGGAGCUGGAGAGGAAGAGGAGGAGGGAGCUGUACAAAGAGAAGCGGUUCUUCUGUGAGCUCUGCAACAAAGGUUUCCAUCAGAAACACCAGCUGAGCAAACACGUGUCCUGCCACCGCAAACCCUUCCCCUGCAGCUCCUGCGACAAAGGCUUCUACAAGGCCAAGACGCUGCAGAAACACCUUCAGUCUCACCAGCUCCGGGAGGCGCAGGAGAACGACCCCGACAAGCUGCUGCGCUGCGACCAGUGCGACAGGAAGUUCAGGCUGCUGCGCCAGCUCCGCGUCCACCAGGCGUCCCACCAGCUGGAGAAGACGCCGCUGCAGUGCAACGCCUGCGACCGCACCUUCACCUCGGCCGGCGCGCUCCGCUACCACGAGGUGUCGCACGCCGACUUCAAGCCGUUCAUGUGCGACGUCUGCGGGAAAGGUUUCACCAGGAAGAAGAGCCUCCGCGAGCACCAGACCAUCCACACCGGGGCGCGGCCGUACCCCUGCCAGACCUGCGGGAAGAGGUUCUCCACCGCCAGCAACCUGCGAGUCCACAAGAGGUCGCACUCCGAAGAGCGGCCGCACAAAUGCUCCGAGUGCGACAAAGCCUUCAAGUGUAAGAUGGGUCUAAUGCAGCACCGCGUCGUCCACUCCGGGGAGAAACCCUUCGUCUGUCAGACCUGCGGGCUCAGCUUCGGACUCAAGUACAACUUCCAGAGACACCUGAGGCUCCACAACGGAGAGAAACCCUUCAGGUGUGAUAAAUGCGGGGAGGGCUUUUCGGGGACGUGGGCUCUGAAGACUCACAUGCUGGUUCACGGCGUGGAGAAACCCUUCAUGUGCGACCUCUGCGGGAAGACGUUUUUCUACAACUGUCAGCUGCAGAAGCACCAACAGCUGGUCCACGACAGCAAGGGCGGCGUGCAAGGAGAGGCGGGCGCGGGGGUCGGGGCGGUGGGGCACAAGCAGACGGGAGCGCGACCGUUCAGCUGUAAGAUCUGCCUGAAGAGCUUCAGCAGCAGCUCCAGUCUGAGGAAGCACGAGAAGAGCCACACGGAGAACCAGGAGUUCACCUGCGACACCUGCGGCAGGUCCUUCCACCAGCGCCACCUCUACCUGUACCACGUCCGGCAGCACAGCGGCGACCGCCCGCACGUCUGCGGCGUCUGCGAGAAGGGCUUCCUGCUCCUGUCGCAGCUGAAGCGCCACGAGAUGCUGCACACCGGCGUCAAACCGCACAAGUGCCAGCAGUGCGGGAAAGAGUUCAGGACGUCGCAGAACUACCACCGACACCUGCUGGUCCACACCGGGGAGAAGCCCUACGAGUGCGGCGUCUGCAACAGGAAGUUCAGGCAGUCCAACCAGCUGAAGUCUCACAUGCAGAUCCACACCGGCGUGAAGCUGUACGCCUGCGAGCGCUGCGGACUCGGGUUCUCCGACUCGCGGCAGCUGAAGAAACACAGCUGUGGAGACGAGCUGCAGAACCCGCUGGAGUCCAAACACAGGAAGCAGAAGACCGUGUUCGGCUGGACGGACGGAUUCACAAACCAGUGAUCCACCAUCCAAAGACCUGCUCCACAUCCACAGACCUGCUCCACAUCCACAGACCU